CUCCUGUCUUCUUCGUGUUGCGAGCUGUGGGCGCGGAGGUCCGGCGCGUUGUGCAACGCUUUUAAAUUCAAUUUCGAAACGCCAGGUUAAAACUCUUACAUCUUGUAUUUAAGCCCCUGCAGGCGUCACAUUAUGGCGGAAGGUGACAAUAAAAGCUCCAACCUGCUGGCCCAGGAGACGGCCCAGCUGGAGGAGCAGCUGCAGGCCUGGGGAGAGGUCAUCCUGGCCGGAGACCAGGUGCUGCGCUGGACGAAACCCUGGUUCCCUGCGGCCCUGAUGGGUGUGACCACCCUGCUCUUCCUGAUGGUCUAUUACCUGGACCCAUCGGUGCUGACCGGGGUGUCCUGUCUGGUGAUGGUCCUGUGCCUGGCCGACUACCUUGUCCCCACCCUCGCUCCCAGGAUCUUUGGCGCUAACAAGUGGACCACUGAGCAGCAGCAGCGCUUCCACGAGAUCUGCGGGAACCUGGUGAAGACCCAGCGCAGGGUGGUGGGCUGGUGGAAACGCGUCUUUGCCCUGAAGGAGGAGAAGCCCAAGAUGUACUUCAUGUCGGUGAUCAGCGCCCUGGUGGUGGUGGCCUGGAUUGGACAGCAGGUUCACAACCUGCUCCUGACCUACCUGAUCGUGAGCUUCCUCCUGCUGCUGCCGGGGCUCAACCAGCACGGCGUCAUCAGCAAGUACAUCGGCAUGGCCAGGCGGGAGAUCAACAAGCUGCUCAAGCAGAAGGAGAAGAAGAACGAGUGAAGGCGGGGGGACGAGGGAGGAGGAGGGAGCCCCUGCCCCCAGACGCAGGCCAGUCGCCACGGCCCCCCGGCUUUCCUCGUCCCCACUCCCCCGGGGAGAGGGGCCGAGGAAACGCCCGGCUCCCACCAAGCUGUUUUUGCCUGCUGCCGUUUGCGUUCCGCUUAACGAGCUUAUGUAAAUGAGUCCCACGUCAUGACUGCUCCGUAUUCCUCCGCCAGUAUUGAAAUGCCUCUGCCCCUCUCCCCUUCCAUCGAGCUGUGGCUCCGCAGGCACCGCCCGCUGGAGACUGACUGGGACGGUAAUGCAGUCUGUGGUAAAGCACGAACUCCUUUCAAUGCAGAAGAAGGGACUGAGAUGGGAUAUAAGAUUUUACGUAUAGCUAAUUUUCUUGAGCAAACAACACGGUGCCCACGUGGACUGUUUUGGGUUUUAGUUGUUUUGUUUUUUUUUGUAUGUGCUUAUCUGGGGUUGCAAAAGCCAGCCUUCCUUGGAGCAGCAGCGGUCUUAUUCCUGCUGUGUUCUCCCUUGUUUUGUUUCUAACGUUGCACUGACUUGAGAAGGAAACUGGACGCCGCUGUUACAGAAUGACUCUUCCCCUCUGCCAGUGUGCAGGGUGUUAAACUGCUGUAUUUGCAGAACGGUUUCGGUUCCGUUUGCCACCUCCUCCACUAGCUGCCCUUUGACCUCUGGCUCCUGUGUGCCCGACAGCUGGGGCUGGGCUGAUCUGUAAAUAAGUCUGUCCUUUUCGCUCCUUUGGUGUGAGUUGUAUAUUUAUGUUCUAGGUGGGCUGAACCUUCGAGUUGGGCCUCUGUACUUCUCUCCUUCCUUUGACCACUUCUUUCCUUAACUUCUCUGUUAAAGUAAUAAAGCCUGAUGAAGAAUUGAAA